CGGGGGCGCUGUGACGCGUGCUCGACUCUGUAGUGACUCUCUUGACUUGGUAACAACUUCUGUUGUCAAGCGUUGCUAAGGAAGUGAUUUAGCUACUUGAAAUUAGCCCCCAAACCAAACUACUGUAAACGAGAGACGAGUCAGUAAUGAGAAAUCUCCAACAACCUGACCACAGCUGGUCUCAGACAUGACAAGAGGAUGACUGAGAAUGGAGAGGACAGCCCCGUCCACCAGUCCUGUCAGGUCUCUGGUAAAGGAGAUUCAGUCGUCAGUGACAGCAGGCCACCGAAGACCUCCACAGAAGGUGCCAAGGAACACAAUAAUGCCCUCACGGUCACUGCUACAAACACAGAGGCAGAGAUCAGCCCGUACCAGCCUCAGCCACCCUCACAACCCAGGCUCUCAAAGUUCAGCAAAACUGGCUCAGUGGAGGAGACCGUGAGAACCAGGAGGCUCAGAAACAGCCAGGAGAGUCUCAGUGACCCGACUGAGACCGGCUCCUCCACAGACUCGCUUAGAGAUGACCAAACAGCUCCAGCCCGAGCCGGGCUUAUUCUCGGCAGCGCUGCCACUGUCGGGAAAAAUCAGGACUCCAAUGCGAGACCCAGAUCUGCUGUUACAAGAGGGUCUCCAGUCUUCCGGGACAGAGGGAGCAGUCUGUCAGAGUAUGAAAGGAGGCCCCCUAGCCAGCAGAGCGAACCCACAGAUCACCAUGUGAGGUCCACCAAGGUGCGACUGUCUCCGGUGCAAGCUACCGGGCCGCUACCUGCUCUGGAGAAGAGCUUUGCGUCAGCCUCCUUGAGGGUGGCUAAUAGGAUUGACAGGGAUUGUUUGGAUUAUGCUGUGCUGGCCAGAGAGAAACUCGGGGAGAGACUCCACAGGAACCUGAGCGACAGCCGGCUUCUGGAGAACAUGGGGUCGGAUAGUGCCUCGGUCAACUCCAUGAGGUCCACAUACAGCGUGCUUAGCCCCAUCAGACCCCAGGAUGUGAGGAACAGGAGCUUUCUGGAGGGCAGUGUGCUGGGAAGCGGUGCCCUGCUCGGGGCCGAGGAGCUGGACCGCUACUUCCCCGACAGGAGAGUGGGCAUAUACGUAGCCACGUGGAACAUGCAGGGAGAGAAGGGGCUUCCAGCCAAUUUAGAUGAUCUCCUCCUGCCAACAGACUCUGAAUUUGCACAAGACUUUUAUAUUAUUGGUGUCCAGGAGGGCUGCCCUGACAGGAGGGAGUGGGAGACACGCCUUCAAGAGACUCUAGGACCUUACUACGUCAUGCUGUAUGCAGCAGCACAUGGUGUUUUGUACCUCACCGUAUUCGUCCGAAGAGAUCUCAUCUGGUUCUGUUCAGAGGUGGAGCAUGGCACAGUCACAACCAGGAUCAUCUCUCAGAUCAAGACCAAAGGGGCUGUGGGAAUCACCUUCACCUUUUUUGGCACUUCCUUCCUCUUCAUCACAUCACACUUUACCUCUGGAGAUGCCAAAGUUUAUGAGAGAAUACUAGAUUACAACAAGAUUGUUGAGGCUCUAGCGCUUCCAAAAGGCCUUCCAGACACCAACCCAUACCGCUCCACACCAUCUGACGUCACCACAAGAUUCGACCAGGUCUUCUGGUUUGGAGAUUUUAACUUUCGGCUGAGUAAAGACCGAAUUGACGUGGAGACCAUCAUGAACCGCACAGCCAACGGCGACAUGGGCCCCCUGCUUGAGCACGACCAGCUCUGCAAGGAAAUGAAUGAUGGUUCAAUAUUUAAAGGUUUCCAAGAGGCACCAAUACACUUCCUCCCCACAUACAAGUUUGACAUCGGCUGUGAUAUCUACGACACUACUUCUAAACAGAGAACACCUUCAUACACAGACCGGAUCUUGUUCAGGAGCAGGCAGGCGGAUGACAUCAAAGUGGUCAAAUACACCAGCUGCUCCAGCAUCAAGACGUCAGACCAUCGGCCCGUCAUCGGUGCUUUCCAGGUCAAACUCAGGCCGGGCAGAGACAAUAUUCCUCUGGGUGCGGGACAGUUUGACAGGGGCCUGUACUUGGAGGGCAUUAGGAGGAGGAUAACCAGAGAACUGAAGAGGAGGGAGGCCAUGAAGAACCAAAGCAGUAGUAGCACCAUCUGCGCCAUCUCCUAAACCCAUAAAAUCAACUCUCCACAACUGAACUGUGCCAGAAACUGUAACAGCCAGGCAUGCAGAAAAAGGACCAAAAGGAAACCAGAGCUGUCUUAACUACACAGAGCCCAGUGCUGGUCGUGGUAACUAAGCAGAGAGCGCCCUCUGUUGGGACCUGUCUGUGUGUGUCUGGGUUGGAAGUGGCUGGCUGUUCUUAAGGGCAGGGACCUUGAGGCCAGACAGACAGACACAGCAGCAGUCUGGCCUUUAUUUAUUCAGUGUCGUGACUUACCCUUCAGUCACAUUAUUACAGUGUGAACUGAUCUAACCUUAAAGGCUCUGUAACUGAAAGUUUUAUAAUUUUUUUUCGUAGGUGUUUUAGAAGCAUGAAGAGCCACAUUAUGUUCCUCUCAGUGCUACAUCAGUGUUCAAAUGCCUUGUGAAUUGUCAGCAAGCAGCUUACCAAACAACUGCAUUUUCGUGGCACAUAGAGGUUCACUUAAUAUAUUAAGUGUCUGCCAUUGUUUGAUUUUAACUUGAAUUUUGUUCUGAGCUAAGAGGUACGAGUUGUGACUGAAGAAGGGAACUUGAGGUCAAGCAUAUAAUUUCGAGAGCAUGACUACGUCUUACAUGCUACUGUUGAAAUUCAGGGAGAUUUAAUGUAUUUUUGAUGACACUUUAUAUAAAAUAGAGCAUUUUAUUUACAAUGUUAAUGCCUCUAACUGCUUCUCUUAUUAGGCCAAGUGAUCCUUUGCAACAGACUGUAACUUAAUGCCUUACCUCUGAUCUCGCUGCUGUGUAACCUCAUGUAUACUGUUAACUGUCCAUGUACUGUAUGUACCACAUCCAUGAACUUGCAAUUCCAGCAUGAAGAGCAGUCUGCUCCAUAAAAAGUGCCUGUGGGUCUUGUUUUUCAUUACUUCAGGAUCUUCAUCUGCGUCUUUUUACAUGUCACCUAACAUCCUGUAAUAAACGUUUUAAAACA